GGCGGAGGCUGGGUCCAGACUCCUGGCGAAUAGCAGCGCGCAGCCGGCCCGGAUUGGAGCAGCUUCACCACGCCUGACCUCUGCCAGGGAUGUAAACCCCACGGGCCGCCACGGACUCAGCAGAGCUCUCGGCACCUCCGGGGAAGCCAUCUCGGCCUCCCCCAAGCCCUCCAACCUCCACCCCAUCCCGGGCUCCAGCCAAGGCCGGCCCCAGCCUCGACCUCGGCGGCGACCAGCGGCGGCGGUGAGCGUGCGUCGCUUCGCACAGGCUGCGAGAGGAGGGGCGGCGCGAGUCAUGGCCGGGGACAGCGAGCAGACCCUGCAGAACCACCAGCAGCCCAACGGCGGCGAGCCCUUCCUGAUCGGCGUCAGCGGGGGGACGGCCAGCGGCAAGUCUUCCGUUUGUGCCAAGAUCGUGCAGCUCCUGGGGCAGAAUGAGGUGGAUUACCGCCAGAAGCAGGUGGUCAUCCUGAGCCAGGAUAGCUUCUAUCGAGUCCUCACUUCCGAGCAGAAGGCCAAAGCCCUAAAGGGCCAGUUCAACUUUGAUCACCCGGAUGCCUUUGACAAUGAACUUAUCUUCAAAACACUGAAAGAAAUCACUGAAGGAAAAACAGUCCAGAUACCUGUGUAUGACUUUGUCACCCACUCACGGAAAGAGGAGACGGUCACUAUCUACCCCGCGGACGUGGUGCUCUUUGAAGGGAUCCUGGCCUUCUACUCCCAGGAGGUCCGAGACCUGUUCCAGAUGAAACUUUUUGUGGACACAGAUGCGGACACUCGUCUCUCUCGCAGAGUAUUGAGGGACAUCAGCGAAAGAGGGAGAGACCUUGAACAGAUUUUAUCUCAGUACAUUACGUUCGUGAAGCCCGCCUUUGAGGAAUUCUGCUUGCCAACAAAGAAAUAUGCCGACGUGAUCAUUCCUAGAGGUGCAGACAAUCUUGUGGCCAUCAACCUCAUCGUGCAGCACAUCCAGGACAUCCUCAAUGGAGGGCUCUCCAAGCGGCAGACCAACGGCUAUAUCAACGGCUACACCCCUUCACGCAAGAGGCAGGCCUCAGAGUCCAGCAGCCGGCCACAUUGACCCCGUGCCCUGACUCCAAAUCCCAGCCCCCAGCUCAAAGACACAGGAGGGUCGAGAGGCUUUGGUCAUCUGUACAUACGCCUCCUAUGAAAUUACUGUAUUUAAGAAAACACCACGGAGAUGAAUUGCCUUGAUUUUCUUUUUUUUUCCUUUUUUUGUACUUUGGAACAGCAAAUCAAACAGAACUUGACCCUGAGCUUAAGUGACAAACUGUGCCAACUACUACUGGUGAUGCCUAAUUAUGAAUCCAACGUGUAACCAGUUAUAAAUACACACGUACAUACAUACAUAUAUAUAUAUAGAUAUAUAUAAAGGAUCUAUUUUUGUGUAAAUGUACAAAUAACUGUAAAGCUGUUUGCCAUAAGUAUUCUGCAGGAACCUGUGCGUGGGUGUUGGGCCUGGAGCCCCGCUCAGCAGGGCUCUGUGCUCUGGGCAUCUGGGAAGCAGCGGGAGUGGGUGGUUGAUUGGUCGAUGUCCCUCGCUCUCAGCACCAUGGGCCUCGGUAGGGAUGGGACUCAACUCUCAAGGCCCCCCCUGACAGAUGCCCCUCCUUGAAACUGGAGCUCAAGAGAGAUAGAUACUUUUGUCUUUUUUUUUUUUUGAGUUGAAAUUAAAUGUGAUCUCAGCUCAAACUCAAUCUCAGGGAAGAGACCCACUGAGGAAGAUCAGUCUGUCUGCGUUUCUUCUUGCCUCACUCUGGCUCUGGCUGCCUGGGUGGCUCCAUGACUCCUUCCUUCCUCUGCUGUGUUUUCCUGGUGGAGAUUUUAUACGGUCUCAUCCUGCAGGAUAGGAGAGAGGAGGAGGAAUGGGCAGGACUGUGACCCUGGGCAUGUUUAAGGAGAAACUGCCUCCUAGGGAAGUGGCUGGUCGGGUUGCCUGGACAUAUUAUUGGACAUGGAGUGGCUCAUUGCAGCCUGGACUUUGGUUAAGGACAUCUGGCCUUGACCACUGAUAGUUGUUCACAGGAUGCCCCCAGGAGUUCCACCCAGGGAGCUGACAAUAGCUCUUGUCCCUUCCGAGCUGGGGCUGUACAGUGAGAUAGAGACAGUCUACGCCUCCCACCUGAGAUUCUCUUGAGCAGUGGCAUCAGGAUGAUUUCCUGAAUUACACUGUCACCAUGUUAAUAUGGUGGCUGCCGGGCAGGAAGGGUCUAGGAGAUGGGAAGUAUUUCUUAGAAGGUAUUAAGGGAGAGUAUUUAAAUCAUGGGUACCUAAGCUGGGGUUUUAUAUUAGAGAUGCCCGAGGUAGAGAUUUUCAGCUUUCCCGAACACUUCCUCUUGGUAGGAACUCCUGCCUGAAGGAAGUUGAUUGACAUAUUGUGAAGAAAGCCGGAGGAAAUGGGGACCAAACAAGAAGGGGCAGGUGUGAGGUAGAGACCUCAGUCUCUGCCUAACUAUAGAAGAGCCAAGGACUGUCAUGUUGGUGGUCACCAUCCUGCACUUUGUGGGUCCCAUGCGUAGUCACUCCACAUGGACACUGGAGAGCCUUCUCCCUCGGUGGCUCUCAGAGCCCACUGAGGUUCUUACUCCGUUAUUAUCCAGCCAAGCUGAGGUUCCCUCACUGGUUCAGCACCGUCCAGUUCCCCAAUCAGGAUUCAAAUUUGCCUCCAACUCCGUGUUUUCUAUUUAAAAGACACGAACCUAGUCCUUGGUAGAGCUCUGCCACUUCCCUGAGGCAUCCGGAGACCAUGGUGCAGGCUCUGCAGCACGUUCCCAUGAUGGUAACUGCUGCUGGAACAGAGAGCGUUGAGCUCCGGUAGGUACCUGUGGGGAAGGCACACACUCACCGAGACAGAUACAUCCUGGAGUGUCCGGGGGACAGUCUGUAUCACAUCCACUUCACACGUUCAUGGUAAUUCUGAGAUAAAAAGUAGGUUAGGACCUGGCCUGGCAUCCCAAGGACAAGGGCCCUGGCCUUGCUGGGGUUCCAUGUGCUCAUGGGAAACCCAUUCCCGUCUGCAAGAGCCUCCCUCGGCCUCUUGGUGGGUAGCGCGCUCAAUUUUACUUGAAGCUCCCAGGUGCCAAACCACUUAGUGCCUUGGCUGUCUAUCCCCACUGCCGUGGCAAAUGGAUUCUUCUCAUCUCUGAGCCUUUACUUAGCCGCUUCCUCAUCUACCUUGGUGUUGGGACCAAGCCCGCCUCCAGGACCUCUGAGCAGUCCGUUCCUUGCUUGUACACAACUUUAGGACUACCUUAUCCCUACCUCCUGGGGAAAUUGUGAUCACUCCUGGCUUGGCUCGAAGCAGUGUUUGCUGGGUGCAGGGAAGGACUGGAGGCCCUGCCCGCUCCGAGGUCGCCCAGCUUUUGGCCAGUUGUGCAUUUGAACUUGAACUUUGUAUAGGAAACGCUGUGGUCUGAGUCUUGAGGUUCUGGAUCUCCAAUCCCAUUGGAGAGUUGGAGGUAAACUUAUUAGGAAACUAUGGCAUUGGUCAUCUGGGGACUUUUAGCUGUUCAGAGAGGAAGCACGGCUGAACGGCACUGUGUCACAUUAUCACGGGUGCGUAAAUCCCUCGGCUUCAGAGCCACCCAAUGGUGCUCGCCUCCUCCCUGCUCACAUACUGUCUUUGGCCCAAGUGUUAAGGACAAACUUCUAAGCCUUGUGUCACAGGAAGGCCUAGCCUCACACUUCAUCUUGCUAAUGCAACUUCUGCUGGCCUGUGACUUCUCUUUGGGGAACCGGAGGCCCAGCCUCACGUGUCAUCACACUAACGUAACGCCUGCUGGCCUGUGAUUUGGGGUAACUAGAGGCUGGUGUGAAAAAAGAUGGGAAUCUGAUAAAGAGUGGGUAGAGCAGGCCCUGGGGAAGGGGGUCGAUUCAGGCCUUGAGGGGAGAGGGGUGUUCAAGUCACCUGUCUCAGAACUAAUAUUUAUGAUGGUGGCUGCUUAGAUCAUGGGGAAGUGGCCUCCAGCUUGCUCUAUCCAGGGUGUGUUGUCUGUGUCUUGCAAGGCACCUGGGUCAGGUGUGGCCCCGAGUAGCUGAAAGCAGAGAGACGUCCACAUUGACUGCAAGCCUCUUGUAGGAAAAUGUCUUUCACUGCCUUUGGAACCUGUGUUCAUGUCCAAGAAUCUCCAAAGAAUGGGCAGCUUUGGGUGAGACUAGGGUCAGUCCUUGGGUACAUACAGGCUGGUGCUUCUGGGAAGGACCAGCCGGCCUUCUCUGUCACCUUUGCCGUUCAUACUUUCCGCCAGGCAGAUUGGUGAAUCCUUUGCGUCAGACAGAACCAGGGAGAGAGCGGGUUGGGAAAGGCACAAGUGGAUGGAUGCAUCUGGUGUGCGCAAGUCCCCUUUAAGAUUCUGGCGCUGGGCCUGCUCUGCUCUCAUGGUGCCAGGCACAGGUGACGUGUUCUAGCAGCUUCCUGUUGCUCUCAGGCAGUGCGUUCCCACCCAGGCCUGCCUCGGGAGCGAGGGUGAGUGGCUAGAUAGAGACCUAGACUGUUCUUUCCCUAGAAGAUGCUGUCUCUUCCCUUUGCUUUUGACUGCCCUACCUUGGUUAGUGCUAUAUAAUGACCACAUCCUAUGUACUUUGCUGUAAAUAAAGACGAACAAAAACUACCCAA